AUGGAUAUCCCCAUCACAUCCAUCAAACCAAUCUACCACCCAUCUCCCCCCCAAUCCAUCCAAACAACCCUCCAAACCCUCCAUCUCCAACCUCACCCGGAAGGAGGCUACUACACCGAAACAGACCGGCACCCGCUGCGUAUCCCCAAUCCUCACAACAAAGACCCAAGCGACACCAACACCAACACCCGCUCCCUCUCCUCAACAAUCUACUACCAUCUCACCCCAAACUCCCCAACGAGCUUCCUCCACCUGAACCGCAGCCGCACAAUACACAGUCUCCACCGCGGACGGGCGCGGUACGUCAUUAUCCACGCGGACUUGGCGACGCAGGCUCGGGCGGAACAUGGUGGCACGGCGCCGGUUACUUCGUUUGUGGUCGGUCCGGACCUAGAGAAGGGGGAGAGGAUGCAGUGGGUUGUGGAGGGGGGCAAGUAUAAAGGUUGUUAUCUGUUACCUGAUUCGCCCUCGGAGAAUGGAGAUGGGGGGAGCGAGGGGUUGUUGAUUACGGAGACUGUUGUCCCUGGGUUUGAAUUCGAGGAUCACGAGUUUAUGAGUCCCCAGACGAUGGAGAGGCUCCUCACGGAGGACCAAUGCCGAGCGCUGGGCUGGAUGUUGAAGAAGGAUGGAUGA